AUGGUCUCGCUCAAGUCCCUCCUCCUCGCCGCGGCGGCGACGUUGACGGCGGUGACGGCGCGCCCGUUCGACUUUGACGACGGCAACUCGACCGAGGCGCUGGCCAAGCGCCAGGUCACGCCCAACGCGCAGGGCUACCACUCGGGCUACUUCUACUCGUGGUGGUCCGACGGCGGCGGCCAGGCCACCUUCACCCUGCUCGAGGGCAGCCACUACCAGGUCAACUGGAGGAACACGGGCAACUUUGUCGGUGGCAAGGGCUGGAACCCGGGUACCGGCCGGACCAUCAACUACGGCGGCUCGUUCAACCCGAGCGGCAACGGCUACCUGGCCGUCUACGGCUGGACGCACAACCCGCUGAUCGAGUACUACGUGGUCGAGUCGUACGGGACCUACAACCCGGGCAGCCAGGCCCAGUACAAGGGCAGCUUCCAGAGCGACGGCGGCACCUACAACAUCUACGUCUCGACCCGCUACAACGCGCCCUCGAUCGAGGGCACCCGCACCUUCCAGCAGUACUGGUCCAUCCGCACCUCCAAGCGCGUCGGCGGCUCCGUCACCAUGCAGAACCACUUCAACGCCUGGGCCCAGCACGGCAUGCCCCUCGGCUCCCACGACUACCAGAUCGUCGCCACCGAGGGCUACCAGAGCAGCGGCUCCUCCGACAUCUACGUCCAGACUCACUAG